UAUGCAAAAGUUGUGGCAGGCUCUUGUUGUUGUUUUAUUAAAAAAAAAUCAAACAAACAAACGGGAACUGCACUGCCGUUUAAGGAGGAAUGGUGCAUAAGUUGUGGCUGGCUGGCUGGCUGGCUGGCUGGGGUGGGUCAGAAAGCCCAUCCCCAAUGUCAGUCUGAACUGGAAGAGAGGAGAGGCUGAAAGAAGAGAAACAAUCACACAGCCAAGUGGCACCGUGAAGACUUAAUCCUAACGCAUAAGGUUUCGUGGACUCAAGAUUCCUCUAAUGCACCGUGAAGCGGCCUUGAGGUUACGAAAGCUUUUGCCCCAUGUUCACUCUUUGUGUUCACUCUUUGGGUGGUAUUCAACUCAGGGUAGACCCACUGAAAUGCAAGAACAAUUUAAUUUCAAGUUAAUUUCAAUAGGUGUACUCUGAGUAAAACUUCGUCGAAUCCCACCCUUCGUUUUUGCUUCACGACAGUUACCCCUUCCAGGAAAGAAAGAGGCGCAUUAAAGCAGCCAUCGCUCGAGGAGAUGGUUAAACAAUGCCAUCGCUCGAGGAGCCAUCGCUCGAGGAGAUGGUUAAACAAUGCAUGUUUAAUAAGACUUAAAGUCAGUGGCUCAGCCCCAGCAAGUGUGCAAACGACUGCAGCAAUUUAUGAACAAAGCAUGCUGGAUAUGCUCAGUCAGUGGGAGGUGCUUUAUAUUUCUUGGAAACAAUAUGUGGCAUUCCUUAUUUGCUUCCAACCCAUAAACAUUGCCGGACUCUGCGCAGGGAUGAGGAUCAUGUCGCAAGACUCGCAACGUGGGUCUGAUCACAGGUGCCUGAUAUCGUGCAUCGGAUGGAAGUCCUUGAUCCCCAAUAUGGCAUGUACGUUUGGCCCUGUGCAGUGGUUCUGGCCCAAUAUGUGUGGUUUCAUAGAAGACUAGUCUGCGGCAAGAGAAUUUUGGAGAUUGGAGCAGGCGUGAGUCUUCCUGGGAUAGUGGCAGCAAAAUGUGGAGCAGAAAUUAUAUUGUCAGAUAAUGCAGAAUCCCCUCAGUGUUUGGACAACUGUCGAAGAAGCUGCCUGAUGAAUAACCUCUCAGGAGUAUAUGUCACAGGACUCACCUGGGGUCAUGUAUCACCCAGUCUACUGGCCUUACCUCCAGUGGACAUUAUUUUGGCAUCCGACGUUUUUUUUGAACCAGAAGACUUUGAAGACGUUAUUAGUACAGUGCACUACCUAAUGGAAAAGAAUCCACACGCUCAGUUCUGGACUACACAUCAAAUCAGAAGUGCUGACUGGACUAUUGAAGGACUGCUUCACAAAUGGGAAAUGGAAAGCAUCUGUGUGCCCUUGCAAUCCUUUGAGGCCAACAAGGAACAACUGGCAGGCUCUACUCUUCCGGGGAGACAUACUAUUGAAAUGCUGAUCCUCACAACAAAUAAAGCAACCAAGUCAGGUCCUGUUACUGUUUAAGGGAGAGGUUUGCUUUAAUGUGUUCUAACACACUUGGGUUGGAUAUACUAGCAAGCUGUACAUUCAGCCAGUUUACAAUAGAUGCUCUUAAGUAAAUGGAGUGUUAUGUGGCACCAUGAGGUGGUGCUUUUCCUUGCAUUUCAAGGGUUCCCCCUAGUCUUCUUCCCCAGACAUUAAGCAGUGAAGUAGCAGUUGCCCCCAACAUAGCUGUCAAUGUACACAGCAUGUUUAAUAAAGUUUUAGUGCAGCCAUUCUCACAUUAAGAUAAGACUAUUCUGCUUAGUCAGUUUAGUUUCCAAUUUCUUGUAUCUACCCAGAAAACACCUCCAAUGACUUAUGUGCAAUAUUCCCUUCUGUGUGCUCUACUAUAUAGUGUGAACUGUAGAGGUACAUUGUUGACUCCUAUCCUGCAAAUAAUCUAACAAUUUAUACGAAUUUCAAAGGAAAAGUACUCCAAAUGUGAUUUGUUAUAUAUAAACACAUGAGCUACUGUUCUGAAAUAGGACGACAGAUUUUGUUCUCUUCUAACACACAAAGCAGAGUCAGGAUAUAAGAGUUCAAAAAACUGAACACCAAGUAAGUGUUUUUAUUAAACUACAGACACAGUGGUUAUAGUAUAGAAUGUUGUAAGAGAUACUCCAAAUCAGUACUUACAGAGGAAUGAAUCAAAUGCUUUUAAACAUUACAUUUGUUUAUAUCCAAGUUCACAUAUGUAGAUGGUCUAAUUUACCAUACUGGAAAAAAAUAAGGUGUGUUUAUCACCAGCUAGAUGUGCUCACUGUAUGCUCCGUUAUUUUUAUGCAAGGCCCGGGUGACUGGAAGUGCAGUUGUCAGGCAAUUAUAAUUAACUGGACAGCCAUUUGUUUCUGCACGACAAGGCAUCGUUACAGGAGCAAUCAGGAGAAAACAGGAAACAGCCAAGCACUCUGCACUGCAACACGCCACCUUAACAGCUAACCAGCAUUACUCAACUGCUACACAACUGCGCCUAGUGCACAAAAAUACAUAAGAGAAGAGAUUAGAAUUUUGUCUGAUAAAAACAAAUUGUUCAAAAUAAUUGUCAGCUGUAAAGUUUAACUUGUAGAUACUAUUUCAACGAAGUAUUUGCAAAUGCAUUUGAAUUAAAAAUUUCAGAAUUUGAGACUAAAGGCAAAAAUUGAGCAUGUGGACAGCAUUAAGCUAUUCAGCAUAUCACAGCUGCAUAGUUCUUUAAUAAACUUGAGGAAGCAAGUUAGUUAUCAGUUUUAUUUGCAAAAUCAGCACUACAUGAACAAAAAUGAAAAUUUUACCUCACAUAUCCAAGCCAAUAAUGAAAUCUGUAGUCGUUCACUUCACUAAAUUACAAGAAAUUUGAAUAAUAGCAACAAAAUGGCACAUAAAUGUAAAAGUCUGCCAUUUGAGGCUCAAAAGUAAAGUAAAAGUUAGACAAAGUGUUACAAAAUAACCUUUUCAACAGCUGGUUGGUUGUGUCGGGAUCUCUCCAAUGGACUGGCGAUUCAAACGAUCGUACUUCCUCCAAGGCUUCCUUUAUGUAGGUUUCUCAUGUUUUUGACGUUAUCUAGGUUUGAAAAAGGUAUAGUUCAGCAAGGUACUUUUUUGUAUGUCCUCCAUAUUUUAUGGAUGCUCCCAGAUUCCUAGUAAUACUGGCCUUGCCACUGUUUUAGAAAUGUGCAGUGCCCACCUCCCACCAUGAUACUGGAUACUAAUGUAGACAGCAUGAGAACUUUUUUGAUACUGUUGAAUCUCCAUUAUUGAUGUUACAUAGUGUCGGGAUAAGAUCGAACUACCCUUAACCUGAAUCCAGCCCAAUUCACAUUAGGCAUUAGUUCUUAUUCAAAACCUUGAAGAAUCAUUAAAUGGUUGUGUAACUUAACAAUUCUAGGCCCA